CACGUAUUCAUGUGAACGCCGGACAUCCGCGUCUGAAGCGGCAGAAACACUAUCAUCCAGUGGUGGCAGAAGCGCGGACAAGUCCAAGUUCGAGUUCUGAAGGCGUUUCAGAUCAGAUUGAGCGCCUUCCAGUGACAGAAGCCUCGAGUCUUUCAUGAGCUCUCGGGCACGUGGAACGGCUUUAACGGAGUUUAGACCCUUCUCCGGGACAAAUGCGCAAACAACGCCCGAGGCGGGCAAUUGGAAAGCUCGUUGAAGACGCGAGGAAGGCGCGUGUUCGCUUUUCUCUCCAUUCUCUGGACUGCAUGCAGUCAUUUUCAUCUUCUCUGUCGAGAACAGAGGCUCCUUCUCGUUUGCGCCUUACUCGAAAUCCAAUGCCAACUGUGCGUGGAGAGCAAGACUCUGAGUUCCCGCCGACACCUUCUUCGUCCUCCUCAUCUCGCAGCUCACAUCAAGACAUGGCCGACAUCAACAAUUCCUCCCUUACCCACAUCGCCCGAGCCUCUUCCUCUACGGACUCCCCUGCUGCUCGCUUACGUGCAUUGACAAGUCGCGUCUUAGCCAACACUUCCUCACAGGCGACACCUCCUCCUACGGACCGGGACUCUGAAUCUGAUGCUGCUACUGUUAAAAAACCACCUGCUUCAGCGUUCUUCACGACGGGACCUGCUCGAGUGUUGUCCGGAGAGCUGGAGUCGGACAUUGAGUCCUUUGUCGGAAACUCCUUACCGUCUUCCCGCGCUUCAUCUGCGAAGCAGAGGCUAAGGGACCUGUACAUCCGUACACUGGCUGCCAAUGAAACAGAUAGUACCCCCAAGCCUCCCACACCGAGGCGCCGACGGUCCUCGUCUACAAGUCCUGAACCCUCACGCAACAAGGUCACUCCCAGACCUAAUUCGUUAUCGGACGACGAACGCGAUCGGAAAUCGAACACCCCAUCCUCUGCAGAUAAGUCCUCCCGCAAGAGGCAGGACUGCUCGUUGAACAUUUUACGAGCCAGACUCGAAUCGUCCGAUGUAAACACGGAUCUCGAAGAAACGCCUAAUAUCAACAGGACAUGUGGGUCGACAGGAGCAUCCCGUGGGUCUAACUAACCGGCCUGAAAUUUAGCUCAUCCAUUGCGCUCCCAAAUUGAAGCCAUCGACUUUAGUCACGACUUGCCCAACCCAACACCACAACAGUCUCCGACACACACCCUUCACAACUCUUUCGGGAAGCAAUUGCCUGAACGAACCAGUACGCCAAAGAAUGCUCGCG